AAACAACACGUGCGUUUUUCCUAAUACAGCGAACCGCCGAGUUCAACUUUUCAGAAGAGUGCGCAUGCGCGCGUAACGUGUUGUUGCUAUGAUACGAAACAAAAUGGCGGCAAUUGCUCAUCAGCAGCGAAGACGACAAAGAAACGGCACAGCGAAGCAACGGACUGCUGAAGCGGAGAGCAACCGUGGUGGAUACAUCGGAGAGACGAAGAACCAGCUCAGACAUGGCUACGGAGUGUACAAUUACGAGAACAAGUUCUUUCGCUACGAAGGACAGUGGGAGAGCGGGCUCAAGCACGGACAUGGUAAGCUGCUGCUGGGAGAUGGAGGCCACUAUGAAGGCACUUUUGUAAAGGGAGAAAUGGAAGGACAUGGCUAUAGGGUGUUUGGACUAAGUGGCAAUAUCUACACCGGUCAGUUCCGCAGAGGAGAGCCCUACGGUCAAGGUCUAAUGAGGUCUCCUGACAGGGAGCAGUUUGAGGGUGACUUCAGAGAGGGCAGGAGGGAAGGUUUUGGAACACUUACUGAGAGAGACGGAGCGUGCUACGAGGGUGAAUUCCACGGCAACCGUCGUCAUGGCGAGGGUUUCCAGGUGUACGCCAACGGAGACCAGUACAAGGGUGACUGGGUCAAAGGUCAAAGGCAUGGACACGGAGUCCUGCGAUGCUCAAAUGGAACCACUUAUGAAGGUCAGUGGAGAGGAGGGGUGUACCAUGGAGAGGGUACCAUGUCCCACUGCAGUGGAGUCUCCUACUCUGGACUAUGGGUCAAUGGCAGACCCACUGGAGAGUCAGUGUGCCUGAGAUUAGCAGGAGAAGGAGGCAGGGAGGUGGUCGUAGUCCAGGGAGAAAGAUUCAACAUCCACUUCCAUUGUCUCGACUCCAACGGAUCUAUAGCCACUUUAGGUCUUACUUGUUGUCUGAUGUUAGAGAGUGGGAGGAGUUUCAGGGUGUCUGCAGCCAUCCAGAGGAAGGCUGGAGUGACUGGGAAGGCCUCACCUCAACAGCAGCAAGACACAGAAACUGGAGACUUUACCAAACCACCGUUUGGGUAUGAGGCUACUCCAUAUGAGCUACUUCAGUUGCCACAGUCGACUGACUCCAGCCAACGUUCGUCCACAACAACUCCACCUGAUUCGGGCUCCACCCCUCCCCCACAAUCAGCCCAGCCCCUGCAAUUAAGCCGGCUAACGAGGCAUCUCUACCCGCUCCACUCCUCCAGUACCCACAGCCUCAGUCUCCUCUCGAGAGACUCUGAAAACGACACACCACGUCGCUCCAGCCUCGAGCCUACAACCUCCACGAAAUCCCUACAAGACCUGAGCAGCUUCGCCGACGAUGACAGCGCUCUCGAUUCUUACACCACCCCGUCGAUUAGCGUAACGAACGGGGGCGAGGGGAGCUUUCCGGAACUCUUCCUCCCACCUCCCAUAAUCCCUCUACCUCAAAUCAAGUCAAAGAAACUUCCACGGUCGUCAUCUCGCAGCCUCAAAUCCAGGGAAAACCAGUCGCAAACACCACCUCCUAGUGAGCAGGGAGCACAGUCCGGUGGUGGAGUUCAAACACUACAGAGUCAAUCUAGAGAGUCAAUAGUAGGGACAGUUCGAUCUCCCAGCUCUCUGCUGGUGGGAGAAAGUAGUGUGUCGAUUAGAGAAAGGGAGGGAGAUGACGAGAAGAAGGGUGUUUCUCCACAGUCUAAAGCUGCCAAGAAACUGAUCCAAAAGAGGGCAAAGUUCUGCACACCAGGUUCAUACGUUCUGACAGUCACAGAGGUGACAUCUCCUCCAUUUCUUGGCAAACUGCUGUCUCCUCUUCACACUCAAGUCACCGUGCUAUCUCAAAAGACAAAGAAAAACAGAGACAGCCCACUGAGUAACCUAACUCGCUCCAAAUCCAAACCGUCUGACAGGCUACAUUGAUGUGUAUAUAACACACUAACGUAUGGUUUGAAAGCCUUUUGUCGGCUACAGUCUACUAACGUAUGGUUUGAUAGCUCC